AUGAAUAACAAAAAAAAGCUCCCAAACCAGAGGGUGAAGACUGUGGAGAACACUAGCACAGCCAAGACAAAGAAACAGGAGGCUCCAGAGCCCAAGAAUGUUACAGAGCCAAAAGACAGUAAGUCCGUGGAGGACCCGAAGAAGCCUGUGACAGAUCAGAAAGAGAAGAAAACGGUGACCAUCAUUGCAGAGCCAAAGGACAAAAAGAGUGUGACGGAGCCAAAAGAAAAGAAGACUGUGACAAUCUCAGAUCCCAAAGACAAGAAACCUGCGAUAGAGAAAGACAAGAGGACGGUGACAUUUGUGACAGAGGUAAAAGACAAGAGGAUUGUGACCGACACAAAAGAAAACAGGAUUGCAUCAAUAGACACAAAAGAAAAGGUGCCAGUAGUGCCUGAAGUAAAAGAGAAGAGAGUGCAGUUGAUAGACCCAAAAGAGAAGGUGGUUGUUGCGCCUGCUGCACCUGCUGCGCAUGCUGCGCAUGUUGCGCAUGCUGCGCCUGCUGCGCAUGUUGCGCAUGCUGCGCCUGCUGCGCAUGUUGCGCCUGCUGCACAUGUUGCGCAUGUUGCACCUACUGCGCAUGUUGCGCAUCCUGCGCAUAUUGCUCCUGCUGCACAUGUUGCGUAUCCUGCGCAUGUUGCGCAUGCUACGCAUGCUGCGCAUGUUGCGCCAGUUGCGCAUGUUGCGCCAGUUGCGUAUGUUGCUCCUGCUGCGCAUGUUGCCUCAGUUGCGCAUAUUGUGCCUGGUGCGCAUGUUAUGCCUGCUGCGCAUGUUGUGCCUACUGCGCAUGUUAUGCCUGGUGCGCAUUUUGUGCCUGGUGCACAUUUUGUGCCUGCUUCGCAUUUUGUGCCUGCUUCGCAUUUUGUGCCUCCUUCGCAUUUUGUGCCUGCUUCGCAUUUUGUGCCUGCUGCGCCAGUCGUGCCAAUUGUGCCUGCUGCGCCAGUCGUGCCAGUUGCGCCAGUCGCGCCAGUCGCGCCAGUUGCGCCAGUCGCUCCAGUCGCUCAAGUCGCUCCAGUCGCUCCAGUUGCGCCAGUCGGGCCAGUUGUCGCACCAGUCGCGCCAGUCGCGCCAGUCGCGCCAGUUGUAGCGCCAGUCGCGCCAGUUAUAGCGACAGUCACGCCAGUUGUAGCGACAGUCGCACCAGUCGCGCCAGUCGCGCCAGUCGCGCCAGCGCCAGUCGUGCCAGUUGCGCCAGAAGUAAAACAGAAGACCCUGGUGCCGCCAGAGUUGAAGGGAAAGAAGCAAGUGCCACCACGUGUGCCCGAGUUAAAGGAAACCAAGGCGUCGACAGAGACAAAAGUAAAGAAGGCUGUGUCCGAAAUCAAAGAGAAGGCGCGCGCGACAGCUGUAAAAGAGAAGAAAAUUGUGCCAGAGGUAAAAGAGAAAAAGCCUGUAGUUGUAGAGAAAAAAGAUGACGAGACAAGUGAAAUAGCUCGGACUAUAGUUGAGGGCGUCCUGGCUGCUGCUGUUCAGUUUGUGGAAGAAGCCAGAAACCCAAUCAAGAACAUCAAGUGGCUCACUCACGGGGAAUUCACGGCAGAAAAGGGUCGAAAACAAAUUGAAAAGUUUGUUUCAACAUGGGAGUUUCAAAACCGCUGGGUGUACUAUGCAGAUUUUAUAGAGAAGAAAGACUUAGUCCACUCCUUCCACUAUAUCUAUCGGGUGCGCUGGAGUGCCCCCACUGCCGUGAGACCCUUGGCAAGAGUCAGUGCCAACGCCUACUUCACCAUCAAGUUCAACAAGAGCAAACCUCCGGAUAUGCCUGUUGAUGUCUCUUACAUCUUUGAGAAUUCAGCACUACUUCAAAGACCAGGAAAGAUUCGAUUUCGAGAACAGUGGCUGCGGGACAUCACUGAGACCAAACAUAUUUUGUUGGAGUCCAUCCCCUUUAAAGUUGUCUGA